UUUACCGAUUUUUAUACCUAUAUCUGUCUUUAAAUCUUUAUUUCCAGCCACACCUUCUCAUCAAACGUAGACUAGUUAUAGUCCACAUGAUUAUACAUUUGGCUCUCUCGUCGUUUAUUCAGUGCAAACUGACUUUUGAAUUACUCGAAUUAAGUGUCAUUGACUCGAUUGAACUGUGGACGGUCUGUAGAACUCGACUGAAUCCAUGUUCUCAUCACCGAUAACGUUCAGUUGGGUCUUUCUACUAUCUAUGCCACGCACUUUGCUAUAUUUGUUACUCAAGUUGCAUCUCGAAACUUAAGUAAUUCUAAUAAUUACUCUUGUAGGUACUUGAAAUUCGAGAUCCCCUCUAUUUUUCCUAGAAGGUGAGGUCAUGUUUGUCCAUUUUAAUAUUAAACACUGUGUAAUAAGUGGCUAUCACGCUAGUUAAUAGCUGAAUUAUAACAUCUAUAACAGAUCAGUGGUUCGAGGUGUGGUUGUUGCACAUAUUAUUGUGCCAAGGUAAACAUGUAUGAGCGAGACGUGGGUUUUUUUCAUUUGUUUUUGGCCAGCGGAAACCUAACAUAAAGCUGUGAGAAGAGUCUUAGUCACCAGUCAUAUAACAUUAAUUCAAACCAAUUUAGCAUCCAUCCCCAUAUUCAAAUACCAAAGUUAUGUGGUUAUAAUACACUUCAGUUUUGUUUUUUAUCUGGUUCAGUGAUCAGAAACCUUGCUUUUGAGUGGACCAUUAGUUUAUCAUUUAAUUCAUUCUAAAAUAAUAUGCUUGUAGUUGUAAUUUUGAAUGUCGUCGAUCUGUUUAGAUUUCCUACAAAUGGUGUGUUACUUUCUUGAAACCGUGCCAGCGAUGCAACAAUGUGAAGCGUGUGCUGUGAUCCUGGGAGACAUUUAACACGAUGUAUGAAGUAGCUGCUGAUCUUUUUCACCUUCAGUUUGACACUGUAGAACAGGAGGUCACCUCAGGAAAAUGGACCUGAAGUCCAUUUGGCUCCUCAGCCUUGUCUGUGGCUGGGCAGUGGGCUUCAAGCAGGGGGAUAACGUGACUCUCUAUGUUAACAAAGUGGGCCCUUAUCAUAACCCCCAGGAGACAUAUCACUAUUACACCCUGCCGGUUUGCAGACCACAGAAGGUGCAUCACAAAUCUCUGAGUUUGGGAGAGGUUUUGGAUGGUGACAGGAUGGCAGAGUCUUUAUAUCACAUCAAAUUCAGAGAGAACGUGGAGAAAAAAACUCUUUGUAAACUCACCUUAUCAGGAGAGCAGGUUGAGCAACUUCGGGAAGCUAUUGAGGAGUUGUACUACUUUGAGUUUGUCCUGGAUGACAUUCCCAUUUGGGGAUUCGUUGGAUACUUGGAAGAAGGAGGCCUGUUGCCUCACACUCACAAGGUGGAUCUAUGGAACCACUUGGACUUUAAUAUCGAGUACAACGGGGAUUCUGUGAUCUUCGCCAAUGUAUCGGUGAAGGACGUCAAACCAGUCCCUCUGGAAGAGGGUGCCGGGUCAGCUGGGGUCGGAGUGGGAGUUGGCAGCCGAAACUUGACCAUUACGCACACCUAUAGCGUGCGCUGGUUCGAGUCUUCGUUGCCUUAUUCACGUAGAGCUGAACGCCUCAGAGACUACUCCUUCUUUCCCAAAACGCUGGAGAUCCACUGGUUGUCCAUCAUUAACUCACUGGUGCUGGUGGUGCUGCUGCUGGGUUUCGUCAUCAUUAUUCUCAUGCGAGUCCUGAAGAACGACUUUGCCAGAUACAACGUUGAGGAGGAGGGUGGCUGUGAUGAUAUGGACCACAGUGACAACGGCUGGAAGAUCAUCCACACGGACGUCUUCAGGUUUCCGCCCUACAAGAGUCUUCUGUGUGCCGUCCUGGGGGUGGGGGCUCAGUUCCUUACCCUUGCCACUGGGAUCAUCAUCAUGGCAUUGCUGGGAAUGUUCAACGUGCAUCGUCAUGGCGCCAUCAACUCCGCUGCUAUCGUCCUGUACGCGUUGACCAGCUGCGUGUCAGGAUACGUUUCUUGUAGCUUUUACACACAAAUUAAUGGACAGCGAUGGGUUUGGAACAUCAUCCUCACAUCGACCCUUUUUUCUGCUCCUCUUUUCCUAACAUGGAGCAUUGUGAACUCAAUCCACUGGUGGUGCGGCUCCACUCAGGCCUUGCCGGUCACCACCGUUCUGCUCCUGCUAGCUGCCUGGAUAUUGGUUGGCUUCCCGCUGACUGUCAUCGGCGGCAUCGUGGGAAAGAACCGCGCGGGCAGCUUCCAGGCCCCGUGCCGCACGCGCAACAUCUCCAGACAAAUUCCGGCUCAGCCGUGGUACAAACACACCGCCGUGCACAUGGCCAUCGGUGGCUUCUUGCCGUUCAGUGCCAUCUCAGUGGAGCUGUACUACAUCUUUGCCACUGUUUGGGGAAGAGAACAUUACACCCUGUAUGGAAUCUUGUUGUGUGUCUUCGCCAUCCUCCUGUCAGUGGGGGCGUGCAUCUCAGUGGCGCUCACCUACUUCCUGCUGUCUGGGGAGGACUACAGAUGGUGGUGGCGCAGCGUCCUCAGCACCGGCUCCACCGGAAUCUUCAUCUUUGUUUACUCUGUUUUCUACUACAAGAAUCGCUCGUCGAUGAGUGGCCUAGUGCAAAGCACAGAGUUCUUCGGCUACUCUCUGCUGACGGCAUUCGUCUUCUCCCUGAUGCUGGGCAGCAUCUCCUUCUGGUCUUCGCUCGCCUUCAUUCGCUACAUCUACCGCAGCCUCAAGAUGGACUGAGCGCAGACGAGAAGCUGCUGAAGCGAUAACGGCUGGUCCUUGCUGUAGAAAGACAGGCUUCGGUCACAGACUCUCCAGUGGAUCAGGGAGAAGAGAAACAGAGGCCUUCGACUUUUACCUGAACUAUACGAGCUGUGAAUGCUGGAGUAUGUGAGACUUGAAUGGGGAGGGGCUUCUUUCUGUAUUUAAUGAUGAAGUGGCCGGACAAAGGGACGUGUGUCAAAAAUGAUUUUAUAAUGGCAGUUUGAGAAGUGUUGUUUUCUUCGCAGGUUGCAGUUAGACAUGUGGUGUGAAAUCCCGUCGUGCUGAUUAAAUUUAUUUCCCCAGAGUGAUCAAGUGUUGCAUAUAUCACUUUUUUUGUGACGAUUUACUUUAUUGUGGAAAAUGUCAUGAGGUUCUAGGGUGAAGGACAUGUCGCACUGUGAGAAUACUAGCCAGGAAAUGCUUCUCUAUGUGAGAAUGCUUGGUUCUUUUUCCAUUUAGUCAUGAAGGAGCUUUUCUACCGCAGCCUUGUCAAGCUGCCUAUGCCAUAAACAGGAAUGAAGUUGGUCUAGCUUGGGAGACACCCUGCAUUUUCUCUUCAUGGUGGCUGGGGAAGAACAUUUCAUCUCACAAAGUGAGUGACAUGAAGGUUUUCUGCUCAGAUUAGAUCCCGUUUACUCUCAAUUACUCCAUCUGUCUUUCAAAUUUCAGAUAUGUAUGUAGACAAAAGGCCUGGCCUCGAGGUGUGUUCAAACAUAUU